UUCAACAAAUUGUGAUUCUGUCAUUUGCAUGAGAACUACGCGGCAUUUUGUAUAUUAUACCAUCCACGACAGCAGGAUUUAAAACGUACUUUACCAACAAACAUGAGAUCCACUUACUUCAUUCUUGGACUUUUUUUAAUUCACAUCUGUGCAGGCUUUGAAGAUUUAGGAUGCUUUUAUGAUUACUUAGAAGAUCGAACGCUUCCUGGCUUGAACGCCUGUAAUUUGCCAGAGGCUGAAGAAAUGUGCAAUGAAUGUACAUCGGAACAUCCAUACUGCGAAAACACGCAAAGCAUGACUGUUUCCUUUUGUACAGAUUUAUGCCACAGACGAGGCUUUCUCUACUCAGGGUUAGAGGCGGGAAAUCAAUGUUUUUGUGGAAAUAACUUCGAUCCAUUAAAUCCACCGAAUGGUAAACCACCGAAUAACGAUAAUUGUACUGAACCUUGCUCAGGCGAUUCAAGUCAGAUUUGUGGCGGAGAAUUGCGAAUAAUUAUUUACAAAAAUGACGACUUCAUGAACUGUUCAACAUCAAUUGACUUCAGUAAUGGUACCGUUACUCCGAAACAAAACAUAUAUGCUUCUGGAACAACUGUACAGUUUACAUGCAAUGACGGAUUCUACCAAGUGGGACCUACUAACUCACACUGUUGGUACUCAGGUGAAUUCAGUCAUGUGUCUAAAGAUGUACAGCCCAGAUGCAUAAGAGAAUGUGCAGAGCUAAACACCGAUAGCUUUACUGAAGUUAACCGAACGGUUCAAUACCAAGGAUUUUUCAUUGUUGGAGAUACCAUAACUUACGAAUGUAGUGUAGGUUAUGAGCCAGUUUCUGGUGUUUCAGUUGGUGAUGUAGAAUGUAGAGAGGAUCGACUUUGGACAACAAACUUGCCAGUAUGUGAAGGUGUUUCAUGUGGAAAUCCUGGAACUCCAAAUCAGGGUGAACUCAUUGGUGUAAAGUUUUUCUACCCAAACAGUGUUAGCUACAUAUGUCAACCCGGAUACACUAUUUCCGGGUCUACAACCAGGACGUGUCAAUCAGAUAAGUCUUGGUCGGGAACAUUACCAUCGUGCAGUCCUAAUGACUGUGGUAACUUGGACAACAUCGAAAAUGGGAUGACUUCCUAUACUGGUACAACAUUCGGCAUGAAUGCUACUUAUACGUGUGACAUCGGCUAUAAUAUAAAUGGAGAGAUGAUCAGAAUUUGUGAAGCAACAGGACUUUGGUCUGGGUCACCUCCCACUUGUGAAGUUGUCAGCUGUGGCGAUCCUGGUUCAAUAAUAAAUGGAAUAAGGAUGGGUGCUAACGAAACUUACGGAAGCACAGUAACCUACGUCUGUAACACUGGAUAUAACCUGCUGGGUGCUGCAAGUGUCACAUGCCAAUCUGAUGGCACAUGGUCACAGAGCGCCCCUGUUUGCCAAGUUGUUAAUUGUGGAAUAGUUUCUAUAGGAGAAGGGGUAUUCGUAAAUGGCGGUAUUUUCACUUACAAUGCUGUCCUAAUAUUCAUAUGUGACAGAGGAUACAAUAAAGUAUCAGGCGAUACCACUAGAACAUGUCAGGCUGACGGCAACUGGUCUGGAAAUGACUUGGUAUGCGAAAUUGUUAAUUGUGGAGAUCCAGGCACACCAACCUUUGGGGGGAAAACUGGUAGUGACGAGACUUAUGGAAGCACAGUAAAUUACGUAUGCAACACUGGAUACAACCUUGUUGGUUCUACUAUGGUUACUUGUCAAUCAAAUGGAACAUGGUCAGAUAUUGUAAAUUGCGGGGAUCCAGGCACACCGACCAAUGGAGAAAAAAAUGGUAAUGACGAAACUUAUGGAAGUACUGUAACUUACGUAUGUGACAAUGGAUACAACCUUAUUGGUACUGCCAUGGUUACAUGUCAGUCAGAUGGAACAUGGUCAAAUAGCACACCAACAUGUCAAAUUGUCGAUUGUAUGCAUCCAGGAAGUCCUCUCAACGUUACCGUAGGUGUUAGUGAAACAACGUACGGCGCUAUUGUAACAUACAGCUGUCUACCCGGUUAUAGUAUCAGCAGUGGAAACAACUGGCGAACGUGUGGUCCUGAUGGCUCAUGGACAGGCAUUGAACCAACUUGUUCAGUUGACUCAUGUGGAGAACCGUCAACCCCUGAAUUUUCUAUUCGUACCGGUUCAAAUUAUGACGUUGGUGCAAUUGUUGAGUACGCCUGUAUGAUGGGAUACGAACAGACUGCCGGUGAUUCCUCAAUAACAUGUACUCCAGAUGGAACCUGGUCAGGAGAUAUAAUAGUAUGUUCAGUUGUAAAUUGUGAAGAUCCAGGCACACCACAAAAUGGACUGCAAACAGCAACGGACUUAACGUAUCAAGGCACAGUAAACUUCGAGUGCAAUACUGGAUACAGCUUGAUUGGUAGUACAAGCAUUACAUGUCAGUCAGAUAAAACGUGGUCAGAUAGCGUCCCCACAUGUCAGAAGCUUACAACAAUUCAGCAGACAACGAUACAGAGGACGACAACUGCAGAUAUAAUUAUUUCGACACUUAAUCCUACAACAACUCAACAGCGUACAACUGAACUGUCUACGACACUAGACAAACAGCAAACAACAGCGGACAUUUUAACUAAUAAGCUUACACUUAAUCCUACCACUCGGCAGCCUAUAACAACAGGCAAACAACAUACAACAGUGGACAUUAUAACAACUAACAUUAAUUCUCCAAUUGUUCGGCAUACAACAGCAGCUAUUCAAACGCCCGAAAAUCAGCAAACUACCUCUAGUAAGUGUAUGGUAUAUGGCGGUGCAUUAACCACAUAAAAUUGGAUACCUCUUAAUGUGUCAUUCUACAAAAAUACAUUGCGAUCAAUUUCUUUUUAAAUCAAUAGGCAACAAUAAUAUUUA